AUGCUAAAUUAAUAAUUAUUAUUAUUAUCUCUCAACUAUAUCAUGAGAGAUUAUCAGACUUUUGAAAAAACAAGAAGUGAUGACAUGGGCAGUGGUGGCCCAAAGUCGGAGUCUCUCUCCGGGAAUAUAGAGUCACUCGAUUGGAACAAAUUAAUGGUUGAAAUACGAAAACUUUGUUUCAAAUAUGACAGCAAAGGCUUUAUAGACAAACUCAAUAUGUCUGUACCUAAGAGUGCAAUAUAUGGUUUACUGGGUCCGAGUGGCUGUGGAAAGACUACUUUAUUGAGACUUAUUUUAGGCCUAAUAAAACCGAAAUCUGGUACUAUUAAAAUCAAUGGUAAACCACCGGGUAGUUCUGCCAAUAAUAUCCCGGGUAUUGGCGUUGGAUUUAUGCCUCAAGAAUUGGCUCUCUUUCAAGAGAUCACACUAAACGAAGCGCUCAAAUACUUCAGCCGAUUGUAUGGUAUGAGCGAUGAGUUGACGCUUUCGAGGAUUAGGUUUUUGGUAGACUUUUUGGAUCUGCCGGAUGCGGACAGACUUAUUGGUACCAUGAGUGGUGGACAAAAGCGACGGGUACACAAUCCACCACUUCUUAUAUUAGAUGAGCCCACUGUUGGUACUGAUCCGGUGUUGAGAGAGAGGAUUUGGGAGCAUUUGGUGGUGUUAUCUCGAAAGGAGUCGACAACUAUUAUAAUAACCACUCAUUAUAUAGAAGAGGCCCGAAGAGCACACGUGGUAAUACACAUCGAGAUGUAUAUCACUGAUGAGAGAGGGAAGACUACUGGUUGAACAUUCGCCAC